AUGGCCCACCUGGGAGCCCAUUUUGCCUUUAGAUCCCGCUGGCAGAAGACUGAUGAUGAACUCUGUCGACAUAGCAUGUCCUUUAUCCUUCACAAAGCCAUCCGCAAUGACUUCUUUCAGAGCUAUCUCUACCUGCUGGAAAAAAUUCCCCUGGUAAAAUUGUAUGCUUUAACAAGCCAAGUCAUUGAUGGUGAAAUGCAGUUUUAUGCCAGAGCCAAACUUUUCUACCAAGAAGUACCUGCCACAGAAGAAGGCAUGAUGGGAAAUUUCAUUGAACUAUCUAACCCAGAUAUCCAGGCCUCUCGUGAAUUCCUUAGGAAAUUUGUUGGGGGGCCGGGGAGAGCGGGAACUGGCUGCGCGUUGGACUGCGGUUCUGGAAUAGGAAGGGUCAGCAAGCACGUCUUGUUGCCUGUUUUCAGCAGUGUCGAGUUGGUGGACAUGAUGGAACCCUUCCUCCUGGAAGCCCAGAGCUACUUGCGGGUUAACGAAGACAAAGUUGAGAAUUACCACUGCUCCAGUCUGCAGGAGUUCACGCCCCGCUUCGGGAGUUAUGACGUCAUCUGGAUCCAGUGGGUCUCAGGGUACCUGACUGAUAAGGACCUUCUUGCCUUUCUUUCCCGGUGCCGAGAUGGCCUGAAAGAAAAUGGUGUGAUCAUACUGAAGGACAAUGUCGCACGGGAGGGCUGUAUCUUCGACCUGUCUGACAGCAGCGUGACUCGGGAUAUGGACAUCCUUCGAAGCCUGAUUAGGAAGAGUGGACUGGUGGUUCUGGGCCAGGAGAAACAAGAGGGCUUCCCAGAGCAGUGCGUUCCAGUGUGGAUGUUUGCGCUGCACAGCGACAGACACUCCUGA